AUGUCUCAAACAAGGGAACCUCCUCCUCAUCGUCGGAUCCUCCAACAAAACAAGAACCAUCUCCCACACGACAUCGUACUCAACAUCUUGGCAAGGCUGCCUGUCAAAUCAGUCCUAAGAUUCAGAGACGAUCCCACUAAUGCUGAUCCUAUAUAUUUGUGGAACCCCAGCAUUAGAAAAGUUAAGAGGUUGCCUGAUUCUAUAUAUUCCUUAACACAUUUUGAUCGGGUUUCUACUGAAUUGGCUUAUCAGUCUGAGACCAAUGACUACAAGGUUGUCAAUAUCUAUCAAAUGCCAGGUCCCAACCACCGUUGGUUUGAGGUUGAGGCUGAGGUUUACACAUUAAGCUCUAACUCUUGGAGAAAGAUUGGAAUCUCAUUGACAAACAAUAUUGUGGUCUCCCCUUUCACCAAUAAAACUUCCACAUUUGUUAGUGGGGCUUUGCAUUGGUUGGGAUACAUUUCUGAAGCCGCAUUUCCUUACAUGAUUUUGUCAUUUGAUGUCAAUAAUGAUAAAUUUGGAGAGAUAGCACUUCCUGAUGGACAACAACUGCUACCACAAGGUCUAAUGGCGGACCCAAAUUCUCUGAUGGUGUUCAAGGGGAAACUGGCCUUCAUUACAUUGGGUUACCGCCACAUCAGUGGCGUCAUCAACUAUGAAUACAGUGACUUUGUGAUUUCUCAUCGUAAUUCAUGCUUCAUAUGGGUGAUGAGGGAGUAUGGUGUGCACGAAUCAUGGAGUAAACUUUUUUUUGUCAAGUUUGAAAAUAUUAACUAUGUACAUUUCUUGGGUUGCACCAGUCUCGGUGAACUGCUAGUUAUAAAGAAUGGAGUUUAUCCCAAAUUCAACGCCGAACGGAGACGCAAGGUGAUUGUUUCGCUUGACCUUGAAACUUUACAUGAGAAGGAUCUUGGUUUCCAGAAUGCUCCACAUAUAGCUAAUUCUUUCAUGGAAAGCCUUGUGUUACUUGAUGGAGCAACUGAGCUAUCUGGAUAA